UGCGCUUGUUGCUAGAGCGGGGCCAUUAAAAAUAUCGGGAUCUAUUCCCAUGCUCCUUCCAUAUCCGCCGUUCGCAUCAAAUAGGAAGAGGUUGUUAUGUUUUGCUGUAUUUUUUUACUCAGUUGUUGAUUGGGGGAUGGACUUUCGCGUUUGCCUUCAGUCUGCUCGGUAGCCCCACAGUUACGUAGUCCGCCCGGUUAAAUUUCCUCCGAAGGUGUCAUCAAGAUGGGCUCAACCCGCAUCCCUGUCAGUGAAUAUCUAACUGCUGCCACGCGGCUUGGACAGUUGGUGGCCAAUCAUAGUACCGGCAUCAAAUUUAUUUCGCUUGCGUAGUGGGGGCGCAAUUGUCGGGAAAAGGGCAGCGGCACUGCCAUGAUGUCAAGAUGAUCUGGAAAGGUCCGAACUUGUUAUGUUCCCUGCAUCACCUAGAAGAAAUGUUUUGCCUGGUGCGUUCCAAGAUAGAUCUGAUGCGCCCCGUCGGCUCAUUCUGGAGUGUAUGGCAACUGAGAUGCACGUGAGAGCCAUAUGUUCCAAUCUGACCCUGCAAGCUCGAUUUGGAUGGGUCACCAAGUUCGCAAGGGGACUGUCCCGCAAAUGCUAUCCUAUAAAAUGUACGGCCCAUGGGGGAACUUCGUUAUUCCUUCCCGACCUCGCUAUGGCCCCAGCGCUGAAGCCGUUGCUUACCAUGCUCCAGAACACCCCCCCUCCGAUUAUGACUGGGGACUCUUCUUCCCUACCCCAGACGCUGAUGACGGAUGCUACAUGGGACCUACAACAGUCACCAUACUCAGCUAACUCGAUGGACACCGCCGACUGGGGAUACUACACAAUGCCGCUUUCACCCCCUACCUCCCUCUCUUCUAACAUCAGCGAUUCCCCUGAGCCGCCAACUAAAAAGCUGAGGCUGAGUGCCUCACCCGACAGACAACUUGAAGGCGAGCACCAGCGGUGUGUACCUACCCAAAAGGUAUUUGACCUUCCGGAAGCACAAGUAUCAUCAGCGUCUUCGCUUUCUCAACCGAUGUCCAACACCAACUCGCUCCUUGCAUGCAAGAAGUUUUUUGCCACCACCAAUCCUGGAGCGAGAAGGACCCGCGGAACCGGGGAGAGGAUUAGUACCAAAGAUUUUGUUCCACCAGACGUUUCUGGGCUGAGCAAGCGCGAGGCUCGCCUCGUCAAGAACCGCGCAGCAGCCUUCCUUAGCAGGCAGCGGAAGCGAGAGGAAUUCGAGGCUAUGGAAGUGCGCGUGAGGGAGCUCGAGGACGAAAAUGCUCGUCUUCAGCAGCUUGCCCAGAAGGGCAACCAAUACGAGGAGCUCCGCUCAGAGAUCGAACACUUGCAGGCACAGCUCCAAGCCGCCGAGAAACGCGAGCUCAGUCUAUCGAUGGAGAUUGCGAGGCAUUCAAAUCCAUUAGCAGUGAAGGCAGAAAUGGCGGUGGACUGCUUAUCUCCUGCUGCGCAUUCUCCAGAAUCACAGACUUCUCCGAAGACCUUCGGCCUCACGCGACAUAUCCUCGCUCGGGCCUUGCCAUAUCUUCAGUCUCUGUCACCCAAAUCCACAUUGCCGAUUGCCGUGACAGUUCCCCUAGCUGAGAUGAGGCCAGGGGAACAACCGUCUGCGGCGUUCUCUCGCAACGAUGGCGGUGUCGGUCCAAUGCCCCCCUACUCGUUAUCCGACUGUCCUCCCCUUGACGCGGAGAUUUUACGCGGACUCGACAACGUAGAGGACCGUAUGGUACAAAUGUCUAUCCAAUGUAGGCGUCCAGUCAACCGGGUCCACUCGAAUCCUGUGUCGCGCGCAAAGGUCGGAGAUAAAACCAAGUCAUCGUCGCUGGAAACAUGGUCAGGGUCAGAGGUUACUCCAUAUGGGCCACCAUUCGAGCUACAACAACUGGCAUCGACGCCCUCGUCUCUAUCCAUGGAGCCGCCGACGCCUGCGCCAAACAUCAACAAUUUUUGUGGAUUUUUGGGAUCGAGCGGCCCACUUCCCAGUUCAGAUUACCAGGGGCUAAUGAUGCCAUACGUGCAACCGUCAUACAGCCACGUCACCGACCAGCCGCCCUUCGACUUGUUCCCCAACUCGUUCGACCAUGCCGCAGAAGAGAAAGCGAAAUAUCACGGGCGGACAUUUCCGUCGCAUCUCGGUGGCGAAGGGAGUUGGCAGGUUCCAGUCUGCUAAGGACACCCUUUCAGUUUAUCUAUUCAUUCAUUUUAUUAAUUUCCUCUCUCUGCGUGUACGAGUUUCCAUGAUUGCCAUAGGGUCGGGUGGUCCUGUGCAAAAAAUCAUUGGCAAACCCACUUGAGGUGGCCACGCCACGGUGGUAGCGCACACAUAGGAUUUUGCCAGCGGCGAAGCACGCCAGAAUUCUAGUAGUAGCCGACGGAUUUAUCAUUAUCAACACACGAUUGUAGCGAUGUAGUAAUCACAGUGUAUAAAAG